GACAUUCUAUAACAUCAAAAUAUCUUAGUUUGAUAUCUACAUUAGUAAGUCAAGACAUUCCAUAUCAUCAAAAAAUUUCUUUCAACUUUAUUAAUUUUAUUUUAUUUUAUUUUUUAUGUCUUUUUAAAAAAAAAAUGAAAUAAAUUCUUUUAUAAAUUUCGAUCACGAUGAGCAUUGAUUCGAAAAAAGAUGAAGCCAAGCUUUGUAGCAGGGUUCAGGACAUGUAGAUUUUGGGACAAAUUAACCUCGAAAAGUAUAGUUAGGGGUCAAAUUGACCCUUUACCAUUUCCUAGAGUUAUAUACUUAUAUUACUAACUACAUGUUAGUAUAAUGUAUAUUAUAUUGUCGACUUUUUUAAUAAAAAAUAAAAAAAAAAGCUCAGUUUUUUAAUGAAUUUUUAGAAGUAAAAUAAAUAGGAUUAAAAGAAAUUGCAAAAAAAAAAAAAAAAAGAGGAAUUUGCGGAGCUAAAGCUGCUAAUAAUCAAACAAAGGUCCUCAAUCUUCUCAUGAGGACCCGCUCAAUAGACCCAUAUUUUACCAUGGAUAAAAACAAUCUUCCACCUCAUCUUCCUUAAUUAAACAAAAACUUUAUCUACUCACAUAUGCAUUCAAGUACCUAACUUCUUAUUAACUUUUCUUCUUCUUAAUAUAUACUAAGAAACAAAUUAAAGAAAAUGAAAAAAGUCUAGUGACCAUUUUCACUUUGUAUCUUCAUUUCUUCUUCAUCAUUUCCCCUCAUCCAUGCAAACACCUAAGGCCGGAAGAAGCCCAAUCUCCGGCCACCAAAUUUGGCAACCCACUUUUUGUUAAAUGUCGCCAGAUCCUCCCUUACCUCCACAGCAUACAACUCUUUCUUCUCCUCCCAUAACUAUAGUUCUAACUGUUAUUCUUCUUGUUUUCUUCUUUAUAGGGUUUUUCUCGAUAUACUUUUGUAGAUGUUUCAUGGAUGGUAUUGUUAGUAGUUGGCAUCUCCGACGUACCCCUUCAGGAAAUGCUAUUAAUGCAACUAAUUCUCCUGCAAAUAGUGGCCUAGAUCCUUCACUGAUACAGCUUUUUCCUACGUUUGGUUAUUCGAGUGUCAGAGAGUUCCGACGAGAGCAGUAUGGCUUUGAAUGUGCAAUUUGCUUGGGAGAGUUUAAGGAUGAUGAUAUUCUUCGCCUUUUAACAGUUUGCUAUCAUGUGUUUCACGAAGAAUGUAUUGACCUUUGGCUUACAUCUCAAAAAACAUGUCCAGUUUGUCGGAGUGAUCUUGACUUGCCCAGAGAAACAUUGGAAAAGAAUCCACUGCUUAACCCUAACAAUGAUACGAAUGGUACUAGUCAAAGUAUUGGGUCCUUAGAACAUGCUAUAUGUAUUAACGUUAGAGAAGAUGAUAAUGAGAUAGAAAGUAGAGGAGGAAAUAGUGAAGGAACUACUCGUCAUCAUGGAGAAAAGCAAAAUCAAGGCCAUGAAAAUAUUGAAAGGUUUUCGAGGUCGCACUCAACAGGACACUCCAUAGUUGUGACUAGAGAAGAGAAUGAUAGAUAUACUUUGAGAUUACUUGAGCAUGUGAAGGUGAAAUUUACACGAGGACAUAAUACAGCACAAAGUUGCAUUACAUUCGGGGAAUUCUCAAGCCCCCAAACGAUGGCUCUAGAGAGGAAGUAGGGUGCUCCAAUGGAGACAUCAACAAAGUAUUUUUUUUUUUCUUUUGUUCCUUUUCUACUGUAUUUUUUUAAUGCAUCUUUUAUUGAUUAUAUUUGGAGAAUUAUAGACGUCAAAAAGUCACAGAAGAUUUGUAUAGGUUAUGGGUUUAUGCUGUCUUCUUCUUCUUUGUUUUAAUUAAUUUGUAGGUGUGCUUUAACAUGUAUAUAAACUUAUAUUGCUUUGUAUUAAAAUUCUCUA